AGUGUCCUUCGAGAGCUCAACCAGGCCGGCAGCCUGCGCCCAACGCGGAACCUUCAACCUUUGCAUUCACCGACAUGUAGUUUUCCAUAGUGUAAUUUCUUUUCAACCUUUUGUACAGUUCCGCGGUCGGCCUCAAUUUACCAUGAGGUACUUAACUUAAUUCAAUCAGUGCUCCGAGAUGAGUGUUCCACGUCAUACAUAUGAGAAAUGGACCACAUUUGCUGGACCAACAACUCUCAAUGCUUUACAUGCCUUCAUUUGUGAAGUUCAUUUUGAUGCCAGUCAAUUCACAGAUGAGCAUAAGCUUUUCCUGAUUCGGGGAGCUUUCAGUAUACCCUGUGACAGUUAUGGCACUACAGCACCACAAAAAUGAGUGGGUGAAACCCUAACAACUGAAAAAAUUACCUUGGUACAUCUUUACACUAUUAUACAGCAUGAGUUUGUUGUAACAGCGUUGUUUUUGAUUGUUGAAAUAUAAUUUUAACAUUAAUUUUGUAAAUAUAGGAAAACAAAUUUUAUUGGCAUCAGUAAACAUCGGUUUAGGUUUUGUGUCUUGUGAACAGUGAACUUUUUAAUUUGUGAUCUUGAAUGAAAUAUAAAUAUAUUGGUAUAACAUGUCUGAAGAUACAUUUUUUAUUUACAGCAAAUUCAAUUUCCCCUUUCCUUUUUUUUAGAAAGUAUUGCACAUAAAUGAGACAUUCAUUAAUUCAUUCAUUUAAAUAGGUUUCAUAUCAAACAUCAUGGUUAACUGUUUUUGCCAACUUUUGGACAUUCGUUUCGACAGCUUGAUCUACUAGGGCUCCCAGAAGCCAGAUUUUUGCAAAACAGAGUACACAGAAUUAUUGAUCCGUCUGGCUAAACGUACGCUCAUGACUUAGGAAAAAACUGCUGUAUUUAAUUAUUCUGCAUUAGUUUUCUAUAUUCUGAUUAAAAACCUGAAUAGUUCAACAAAUAUUAACAGUGUUGAUUAUGUGUCACUCUUAGCCUACAUUAUAUCCCAACCUUCAAAAUACUUCUUAUUCUGCAAAAAAAAAUUCUGAGAAGUGGCGACUGGCAAUGCAGUGCAACAGUGUAAUUUCACUGAGUAGUUUGUAAAGUAUAAACAUGUUCUCGCUUCUCAACAUGUUUAUGUAUAGUCUGUAUGACUACACUGCUUCUCCGCCGAUAGUUUACCUACCUAGCUACUGCUGCCUUGUGAGGAUCUGCCAAGCAGGGGUUUGGUCGGGCUUGCAGUGUGCAGAAAGACGUCAUGGUCUGUAAGAACGUCACAUAGUUUGUGGUGAAACUCUCCCUCCCACCUCCUUGCGAAGCCAGCUUUAUGCACUGGCCAACAUUUAAGGCCCAUUCUAUAAGUGAGAAUCUAUUACAAAAUGCAAUUUUGGCCUAUUUGUGUACCAUGUAAUUCAGCAUUUUGAGGUGAUAUGUAAUUAAUGUUGAACUGUGUAUAAAACUACAGAAGGAUGGGGGUUGAAACUGUAAACCCAGUCGUGAUAAAAUUGGUUUUAAUGGUAACAAAGUAGGAUUUAGUCAGGCCUACAGGAGAAAAAAACUUUAGUAAUGAACAUGAUAACUAGAUUCAUUUCAUAACAGAACCUUCCUGACCUAUGUGUCAAAAGUAUAAUUAAAUGUAUUCACACCUGGGUUAGAGGCCUGUAUGUUUUUAAAAUGUAGGUACGUUUUAUACAUGCGCAUGGUAACUUAACCAAAAAAAUUCUCACCAAAGUGAUUCAAUUCUGGCAAUAUAUGGUUAACAUGACAGAUGUCGGGGUUUCAUAUGGUACAAACCAGAUAAUAUCAGGCACCUUAAGAAUAUUAGCCUUUCUUUGCAAUUGAAAGCUUAAAGAAGGUUAAGUAUUUACCUAGUGUAACUUUUAGAAAUAAACAUGCAGAGAUGCAAUAGGUCCGAAUUACGCCUGUUUGGAUUUAGUACAUAAUUAUUUGCCGAGAAAAUUAAUUACAAGUGUUUUAUAAGGCAAUAUCAAAGUAAUUGACCAAUCUAGUUUUGGAAAUAAUAAAAAGUAACAUCCUUUCUGAAUAAAGUAUUGCUUCUCUGCAUCUUUGUUUACAAACAAAUAGUUUAUUUACUGUAUGGCGGGAAAAACAAGCACGUGACAGCUAAAAAAAAGGGCUCCUAAUGCGCAUGCGCCACACGCUCGUUAGUUCAGGUUUUGCCACGACACACAUGGUAUCGCUCCAUAGCAGUCUGCUUAUUGCAACACGCGUUUAACAUGGAAGUUACCACUCUUUCCGUAGGAGUAAUGCUCGUUGAUUGUAACUCAUGAUAACUAAUGGUCAAUUAGGUUAGGUUAGCUACAUUAUAAAUACUUUAAAACUUUGUGGACGGUUGACGGUUGAUUUGGUUAGGAUAGCUACAUUAAAGAUACUGUGAAAUCAUGUAAAUGGUUUUCUAGCCCUGGAUAGCUACAUACAUAUUAAAAAGUUAUUUGCUAAGCAACCAUAAAAUGAUUUUACAGUACAUAUUUUUAAUGUAGCUUUACUUACCUAAUAUAACCAACCAUCCACAAUGUUUUAAAGUAUUUAUAAUGUAGCUUACCUAUCCUAAUUGACCGCAAAAUUUAAUGCCUCACCGGUUUGUACAAUGAGAUAGAACAGAAGAAAAAAAAGUGAGCAUGAACUUCGGGGAACUUCGGGUGUGGCUCUCUCGUCUGUGAAAUGGAUUCCCCAUCAUUUGAGGUUUCCAAAUACCAAAUGUUUGAAUUUUUGUGAAGAAAAAAAAAUUACUCUCGAAAUGGAAAUUUUUUCCUCUUAAGAGAGAAAUUUUUGUUUUUCGAAAUAUAGUUAAUUUUUUUGGUGAAAUAAUUUCCUAAAAACUGGAGGUUUUAGCGACUUUUGCCAAAAUUAGAGUAAUUUUUAGCCAAUUUUGAAUGUCAAGGUCAAUAUCAAGGUCAAAGUUCAGGGUCAUCAAAGAUGACCGCUGUGACAUCAUGACCCAAGAUUGUCGACACAAUCCACGCAAUCCACAACCUGAACCCUGCCGCCGGAGCACCAUUUAUAUACUAAUACAGUUUUAUUUUUAACUGUUGUUAACAGCUUAACUUUAAUAAAGAACACACAGUCCAAUCUCUGCCCAUAAAAGUAAGGGUCGCACACCGAUCAAUCAAACAUUAGCACUGCCCACUGGAGCCCGGCUGGACAGUGGGUCGUUCUUCUACCAGUCUCUGUCCGCUCACCACAGUCCUCGACCACUACCUCGCACCAAUCACCCAUGCCGUGCUGCAACACCAGCUCAAACUGUCGCUUGUCGCACCCUACUCGCUACCGAAGAGGCUCCCGAGACUCUCACGCAGAACAUCCUCGCUGGUAUCUCUACCAAGGAAUCUCCUUCUCGGUCGCCAGGCAUUCAGUCACGAACAAACGCUUCGAUGUUGAGCGCAGGGAUUGCGUUCACUUUAGUAAUGACUGCAGAAUGCAAAUUGGUUCAAACUAGCUUCAUGUGUUUGAUACUUUAAAUGAUGACUCUCCAGGUAAGUGCUCUAAAUCGUUGUGUAAUUGGACUCAUUAUUCAGUUAUUUAUUAUUAGUGCAAGAUAUAAAUGUAUUAUUUUAGAUUUUAGGUUUUUAUUAUGCUUCGUGCAAGUAAAAUUCUCAGGUAUCAAAGUUCCAUGACGGUGGUAAGUGUAAAACUAUGGCAAUACACAAUGGUCCUCGGAUGUGAUUUUAUGUGCUGCUCCCAAUUCUGAAUUGACAUUGGAAGUGACAUCAUUGUGGCUUGGCUGUGAUGCUAUGUGCAGUGAUGCUUCGAUCGAGAUGGCUAACUUGUAUCUUUCAGGCUGUUAGAUCCCCUUCAGCAGACCGACAGGGUCCGUUGAUCACUCACCUUUGUUAAGUGAUGUCAUGAAUGACGACAAAUUAAAUGACUACCCAAUGCACAAAUAUUUCAUAGUUAAUUUUUGAGGUCGUGAAAAUAUAUUCCAUGAAAUCAAAAAAAUGAAUGAGUAAAAUAUGUUGUCUCAUUAAAAUAAACUCACUGAUAAACUUUCGCUGGUUGAAAUUGUAUUUUUGAACAUAAACAAGCAUUUGUUGUAACAUGUAUUAUCAUUAUUUAUUCUUUAAUUACAUUAUCUGCAUAAUUUAUAUUCCUACAUACUGAAACAAUUUUACAGAAAUAUGCAAGUAUAUGGUGAGUGUGUGAUAAUGAAAAUAGCCAAUAUUUAUUAUAUACUGUUGUUAUUGAAUAGCACAUGGUCAUAGCGAACAUUUGCAGUUUUCUUGAGUGGUGCUUUUCUGCCAUUUAUUUCUAUAUUCUCUGUAACUCAUACUGUUAAGGUAUGCAAUGAAGCAUGUAGCUGGUGUGAAUAUGAUCAUUCUGCUCCUAUUUUAGGAAGUGGAACAAGUCUCACUGUCCAAGCACAAUAAUUUAUUGUAAAAUUCAAGCACUGUAGAACCAGCAAACAUUUGUACAGUCAAAUAUCAGAAUGGGAGGCAGCACAUACAGUAUAGUUUCUGAAGACAUGUUUAUUUCAGCAAGGCCUUUAGACACAUUCUAUGUUUGGGUGGCACAGCUUACUAGGAUAUUGAUGUUGAUUCUUUAUAACUUAGCUGUUCCUCUUACUUUUGCCAAAUGUUAUUGGACAUAGCAAAAUUCAGACUAGGUACAAUGUUGAAAAUAGCUACUGGUAGAAACAAUGAGCGAUAAAUAAUCUAAAUUUUGUCCAAUUUUGGGAGGGUAACUGAUCUUCAUAUAUUUAAUGAUAAAGUUAAUGAAUGACAAUUGAAAAAAAAUUGUCUUGGAUAAUAGUAGCAGUGGUGUUUUAUUUUUAAAAAUAUGGGAUAUGAGAUAAAGUGUUAUGUAAGAAUCAAAGUCCAGAUGAUAUUUCAAACAACUGUUGCUGUGUCGUGUUGUGUGUUUAAGCAUAGAAUUAUUGAAAAAGAAAAAGAAUCAAAGCUGUGGGGUGGAAGAUUUUCAUCUGAAACAUCACCUGUCCUUGAGAAAUUGAAUGCUUCCAUAAAGUAUGAUUGGAGACUUUGGCGUGAAGAUGUUAAGGGAAGCAAGUGCUAUGCACGUGCCUUGCAGAAGACGGGUAUUCUCACGCAGGAAGAGCUAACUGUGAUACAGGAUGGUCUCAGUAAGGUUGAAGAAGAGUGGUCAAGUAACAACUUCAAGAUCAAGAGUACAGAUGAAGACAUUCACACAGCUAAUGAGAGAAGAUUAAAGGAGCUGAUCGGUGGCGUAGCAGGAAAACUGCACACGGGACGCAGUCGAAACGAUCAAGUCGCCACAGACAUGCGUAUUUGGCUGCGAGACAAGAUGGGAACUCUUAAUUCGUUCAUUCAUGACUUUAUACAAAUAGUGACGGAUAGAGCACGCCGGGAAGUGCACAUCCUGAUGCCUGGCUACACUCAUCUGCAGAGAGCGCAGCCUGUGUUGUGGAGCCACUGGCUGCUCAGCCACGCGUGGAACCUGCGUGCAGACAGCGAGCGUCUCUCGCAGCUGUCUGCACGAGCGGACGAGAUGCCGCUCGGCAGCGGGGCUUUGGCUGGGAAUCCGUUCCCCGUGGAUCGCCCGGCUUUGGCCCGAGACCUGGGUUUCUCCAGGUGCUCGCCCAACAGCAUGCGUGCCGUCGGCGACAGGGACUUUAUCGCGGAGUUCCUGUGGUGGGCCUGCCUGUGCGCGGUGCACCUGAGCCGCCUCGCCGAGGACCUGGUGCUGUUCGGCAGCCAGGAGUUCGGCUUCGUGCGGCUGGCCGACUGCCACUCCACCGGCAGCAGCCUCAUGCCCCACAAGAGGAAUCCCGACGGCCUGGAGCUCAUCAGGGGGCGUGCCGGGCGCAUCCUGGGCCAGUGCACGGGCUUCAUGGCCGUGCUGAAGGGCCUGCCCUCGACGUACAACAAGGACCUGCAAGAGGACAAGGAGGCCAUGUUCGACGUCUGCGACAGCAUGGAGAGCAUCCUGCAGGUGGCAGCCGGCGCUGUCGGCACGCUCACGGUGAAUAGCGAUAAGUGUCGAAGUGCCUUAACUCCGGAUAUGUUGGCAACUGAUGUCGCAUACUAUCUCGUCAGAAAAGGAAUGGAAUUCAGGGUAGCUCACAGUGUGGCUGGGAAAGUAGUGGCUUUAGCUGAGAAAAUGGAGGUCGCCAUGUCAGAACUUACUAUGGAACACCUAAAAUCUGUCAGCGAGUGUUUCGAAGAAGACGUCCGGGAUGUGUGGAACUACGAGAGCAGCGUGGACCAGUACCGAGCACUCGGAGGGACCAGCAGUUCCAGUGUUGCACAGCAGUUGGACCAGAUGGACCAGUGGCUGAAGAAUUGUGCCUCCGUCCAGUAAAUGUCUGCAAUCUAUAUAGCAUUACUUUAUGACUGCUGUGCUUGAAAAACACAUCAUGUGCCUAAACUUAAAUUUUAUAAAACAGCUUUGGAAUUGGAAAUGUUUCAAAUUGAAAGUGUUCUAAUAAUAAAGCUAAACUAUUGUAUUCACAUCCAAGUUAUACAAAGUAAAAGGUAAAUGCCAUUUAAA